UCAACACAGGUGAUAAGAUCAACGCGUCAACAUAAUAUACAGAUAAAUGAAUACGCGCCGCGAUAGCUCUAAAUUUAUGCCGAGCGACAGGCAGAUUAUUUUAAUUCAGACUGAGCAGUCAGUUCCGGUUUGCACAGCCACGGAAAUUGCCGAGGGUGAAUGUUCGUCCUCGUCUUCCCCGCCCCUGACAUGUCGGCUGUGUUUGCAACAUAAACGCUACCCCACCCCUAUUAUUAUUAGCCUUGUGCAUACAGUCCUACGUCUGACCCAUACCAAAGCUAAUUACUGUCAGCUAUUCCACUCGCAUACUGAAACAAGCAAUCAAUACGAACAGAGGAAAAGCACAAAAGAGCAACCAAUGGAUAGGGGAGAAGGCCGGAGCGCAAACUCAGGAGUUAGCGCGACCGGAAAGGGAAAGAAUGGACUUUAACUCCAAAAAAAAUAAAAAAACAUUAUUGAUCUGACUCGGUGGUAAACUAACCAAACUCACUGUUAUGACCGCAAAUUAAGCAAAUGACACGUGCACUAUAACGACUUAUUUCUUCAAGGACCAUAAGGUAUCGCACAUAGAUUAUAACAAUUUCCCAACGUUUUCAAACAACACAUUCAGUGUAAACGUUUUGUAUAUAUUUGGCAAGGAGAGACGAGAAAAGAACAAGAGCAAGUAGCCCACGACCAAGGGGGGAAAUUAGCAAGGGGAGUGGGAAAUACAAGGAGAAAGAAAGAGAGGGGGAGGGAGGAAAUCGUUUCCCUGCAGCACACACGCCAGAGGAAUACGCCGAGCGGAUCAGGAGAGGAAAGACCGAAGAGAAGAAAGGAAAUAGUAAAAAAAAAAAAAAAAUCUACAGGAUUUCUUUGUUUGUGAGAUCAUCUAUUAUGAAAGAAGAAAGGAAUGAUAUCAACACAAAUCUGGAAUCAAGUAAUUUCCCUCAAUAGCCAAUUUGGAAUAUACGGCGAGAGAGGUAGCUUUUAGCUAGCCAAUAUUUUGCAGUCGAAUACAUAGCAAUUUUGCUAAGUUCGAAUUUUUUUGAUAUUUUAAAACAGUGCUUUACUCAAUUUAGGGCAAAUGCGGGACGAUUAGUGAAUUACCAGGAUACAGUACAUGCAUAAAUCUUUGUUUUAACUACAGAAGGCUUUUAUUUAUAAAUUUGGGACAUAUGUAUGCUGUUAAAUUGUGCUACCUUGUGAUAAUCUUUAUUAAUGAUUACCAGUACCCUUUAAGCGCCACAUUUCCAGCCAGAACUUGUUUUAAUGCAGCCUGAAGGUACCAUUUUCCCCGUUCGAUUUAUCACUUUAAUUUGCUACCUUUAGGCCUAUGAUUAAGAAUAGAGCUGGUGUAGAACGGGACAAUAUUGGAGUACAGUUAAGAGAAGUCCACAUAGCAAGUGAUAGGGUCUGCGUGGAUAUUUACAUAGACCCACUAGGCAGGAUACUUUCUAUGCCCUUCCCCACUGGAUCAAGGUAAAGACUUACUCUGUUAUUGGACAAAUCCUCCUAGCAAGCGUAAAGCAGACGGAAAGAGAAACAAUUGUCUGAAAAGAAUUGCAUUGGCUACACUGACCUUUUAUUUUGUAGUUAUCAGGGUUAGGAUAUUCCACAUUAAACGCAUGCGAACGAGAAGAAGAUAUUGAAAGGUGUUCAAAAGGAGUGACGGAUAAGACUGCAUUCUAUAUCACUAGCCAUUCCAGGAGACGGGGAACAAGGGAAAGGGUGUAAAGGACUUUAGAAAAAAAGAGGUAGGGAAGACGACAGUGUGCUUCGAUGUUAAUGUCGACCAACGUAGCAUCAAUUAUGCUACCUGUAACCCGGGGAUUAAUGGACCGGGAAAGGGACUUGGAAACGAUCACCGGAGUGCACUCGAACCCUGCUGGUGCUUCGGCGGUGGUCAGGGGAAUCAAACGAGGGGACCCUGAGCCUGACGCUCAGGCUGCGGCAGCUUUGGCUAAUUCAGCUGGAGCAGAGUGCAAGCGACCACGGAUAGACGGAUCUGUGGGGGUCGGUGAGAUUGGACAGAACAACGAGCCUUUGAACCCUGGAUAUCAUGGAUACCCACCUCACAGUCAGGGCUCCCAAGACUCAACGGGGAUCCAGGAGGUGCUCGUGCCCCCGCCCUUUUCCACCUUCCCGCCUCCGCCGCCCCCGCCGCCGCCGCAGAAUGGGCUGGGGUUGGAGUUUGGAAACGGCGUGUUCGGCGCGGGGCCCCAGGGACCAGCGGAGGCGGGGAGCGGGACGAUCGUCCCCACCGCUGUUCCCAACAGCUUAAAUACCCAAACGGACGGAAACUCGCAGAUAGAGGGCCAGGGCACAGCCGGGCCAGGUAGUGGGACGGCGGGCGGGGCAGCUGGAGGCGACUCCUCCGAUGACAAAGGGAGCCCCAAACGGCUGCACGUCUCAAACAUCCCCUUCCGCUUCCGAGACCCGGACCUUCGGCAGAUGUUUGGGCAAUUUGGAAAAAUCCUUGAUGUUGAAAUCAUCUUUAACGAGAGGGGAUCAAAGGGGUUCGGGUUCGUGACGUUCGAGACGAGCGCGGACGCCGAGAAGGCCAGGGAGAGGCUCCACGGCACGCUGGUGGAAGGGCGCAAGAUCGAGGUGAACAAUGCUACAGCCAGGGUGAUGACCAAUAAGAAGAUGGUCAGCCCAUACUCCAAUGGAGAGGCUCUCAGCUCGCUGCCCUACGCUGGGUGGAAGUUGAGUCCAAUGGUGGGAGCCAUGUAUGGACCGGAGCUGUACACAGUUCCAGGGUUCCCGUACCCCACCGCUGCGGCGGCGGCGUUUCGGGGGGCUCACCUCCGGGGGCGCGGUCGCCCCGUCUACAGCGCCGUCCGAGCCGCCGUCCCGCAGCCCACGAUAGCAGCGUACCCCGGUGUGGUGUAUCAGGAUGGUUUUUAUGGAGCUGCAGAUCUAUAUGGUGGUUACGCUGCCUACCGCUUCGCUCAGCCCACUGCCGUAACCGGGGCAACCGCUGCCGCAGCCGCCGCCUACAGUGACAGUUACGGGCGAGUAUACACUACGGACCCCUACCACGCCCUGGCCCCCGCUGCUACGGCUUAUGGGGUCGGAGCCAUGGCAAGUCUGUACAGGGGUGGGUACAGCAGGUUUGCCCCUUAUUAGAUUAAGGGGCCACACCUUGGAUUUGCCCCAGUUUUUGGAACCUGUGUUCUUACUCUGCAUCUGCAAAGCGCCCCCUCAUCUCCAUGAGUGGGAAUUGCUGAGUGUUUUUUUUUUUUUUUUUGGACUCAAAGACGUACAAAGAAAAAAAACGUAAAUACAAAAAAAAAAAAAAAAAAAAAAAACUUCAUUUAAACUUCUUCAUAGACCACUGGGGGAAAUGAUUUAAAAAGAAAAACACCAUUGCAGUCACAAAUCUUGCAACAGGACAACUACGCAAAAGCUACUGCCCAGAUUGGACUGAAAGAAUUGUGCUGCUCAACACAUUUCACAGCUGUGUGCACUGUAAUGGUUCCUUAACCAGUUAUGUCUGCACAGACACAGUUACGCUCAGCAGUGUGCUACUAGUAUACACCGACCUUCAAAUGCACAUUUUUAACAUUGUAGUGCAGUUUUAAAUCUCACAGAAAAAUGAAAAUGCAUGAAUACACGUAGAGACAUUUCCCUUGACGAGAUUCACGUAAGAAUGGGACGACCCCAGCAACGCAACAGCCAGAAUCAGAGAUCACAGCAGGAGGGCCGGCCGCACAAUUUAACCUGUGAGAUGGACGACAAGUGUAAAAAAAAAAAAGCUCAUUUUAUUCAGUUUUUCUUCUUGAAUGCGGGGGGAUAAAACUGUAAAAAAAAAAAAAAAAAGAAUGAAUGAUCCUAAGGCAAAUAGACACAACUUUUAAAGAUAUAUUUAAUGGACAAAUUGUAAUUUUUUGUUUGUUUGGCAUUACCUCGUGUUUUUUUUUCUCUGUAAACUCUGUAGUAUUAAUUAUAAUAAUAAUAAUUAUAUUAAAAAAUAAAUGCCUUGCAAAACAGCAAUGCAUUAUUAUUAUUAUUAUUAUUAUUAUUAUUAUUAUUAUUAUUAUUAUCAGUUAAUUCUUACUUUCCACUGCCAGAUAUUAGUGGUAUAAUCUGUGGUAAAUAUUGCCCUUUCUUUCUGUGAAUCAUCGAUGUUAUUUUCCAAACAAGCACAUGUAAAUAUAGGCUGCAGUUUUCUCUUUUACUUUUGGAUAAGUUGAUAUUUUACACGUGGAUGUAAAACUUGGGAGAGCUUUAGACUGCAAGAUCGCACAUCAUUACAAGUGUAGUGAACAGUUAUUAGCUGAGCUAUGGGUUGGUAGGGGUGAAGACGUAUUAACUGAAUUUUCACAACAGCAGUUCUGCACUACAUUAGAAACUUUUUUUAAAUUUUAGGUUAAAUGUAAAUGACCUGAUUCAACUGAAAAUGUUAUCGCAUGAAUUGGACACAGACCAUGCAGAUUUAUGUUCAUAAACACUAAAACUCUGAAUGCACACUAAGGCUCUUCUCUCUCAAAAGAGCAGUCAAAUUUAAGUGCUUAUUUAAUGUAACAUUUUAUCAUUUUCCCAGUCUAAUUUCAGGGAGUACGUACAGAGAUGGCUAUCAACUGAUUUUUUUCAAGAGAAAAACAGAGAGGGGGGUUGACUUACAAAAAAAGUAAAAAUUACAACUUUGUCUUUGUGGUAUUAUGCACAAUUUCCAUGUAUUAUGAAUAGAUUACUUUUAGUAUUUUUUUCAUUGAGUUCCAAAGAUGUCUUUAAAAGCACAUUUUUGUUUUAUUAUUAUUAUUAUUAUUAUUAUUAUUAUUAUUAUUAUUGGUAGUAAUAGUAUUGAUUGCUGUCUAUGCAGUCAUUUUUCGUAUUAUUUGGUUAAAAUCUCCUUAAGUAAGCUGCUCUUUUGCAGAUUUUUCUGUUCCCAAUACAUCUCAUUGAGGCUUGUUAUGUUUUACCUGCACACUCAGAACGCGCUGCAUCUGUUCUGAGGGAAGCAUCUUGGGAAAUGUAGUGUUGGUGGAUGGUGGGGAUUACGGUAGCAUGUACAAUCCUGGUUAGCAUGAUCAGUGUGGGUUCAACCAUUACAAGAAUUUAAACUGCAGGUGUUGCUCAGCAUAACUCAGCACUUGAAGUACAUUUAUUUGAAAUUUGGCACCAAAUCAAAGUUUAUUAUGUUGUGCAUUUUUUGAUAGUUCUUGAGAGUUAAAUUGUCAAAGGGGAAAUUGUGCGACGUAGGAAAUGCGAGAGGUUGGUUGUUAUGGGAUUGAGCCAUACUUAAAUUUAGCAAAUGGAAGGAGUCCAAGAUUACCUGCAAAAUUAACCUUGUCCAAUUUCACAGUUGUGGUCAGAGGCUUUUUCUAUCAGGUUAAACCAAUCAUUGGAUAUGCAAGACGAAAACAUUUCUAGAUCGAAAUGAGGAGAAUUCUCAGUGAAAGACUGAACCAGUUUGAUUUGGUGACGUGACGUGUGUGGUCGGGGUGUAGAUUAUCCCAUUGCUGAAGACUGAGCAUGUUUUUUUUUAGGUAUCACAUCAUCUUUAAAAGAAUCGUGUUGGGGACAGUGGCUGUUAUGUUUGGGGGAAGGAUAGUAGGGGGCAGAAUAAUGUGGAGCAUUGCUCUGUUGGAGAAAAGCGUUGCAUAUUUGCAUGGGGUUAAUUCUGGGAAGUUAUUUUUGGGCAGAAUCACGUAUCAUCAUCAUGAAAGGAGAGAUGAUACUAACUUCACAAAGCAUUUCACGUUGGGCCCAAAAAACAUUUGCAAAGGCAUGAGACAUCACAAAUACCGACAGAAUCUCAUUUUUGUGAAUCAUGUACUGAAUUAUAUGUCAAAAGAGAAGGUGUAAUUGCUGUUAUACGUUUAGUUAUAUAUAAAUAUAUUCAGUGGGGAAAACAUUCAACAUUUUCAAAGAGCUGCAAAGUAUUUUUUCAUUUGUUUGCUUUGUCUUUAUUUUUGAUUUAUGAUUUUCGUGGGAAUUGCAGCCCUAGGAUUCUUCUUCUACUUAGUGUUACACUGAGCUGGUACAUCAAAUUACGUUUUUUAAAAAUUUGGUUUUUAAAAGUGCAACAUUUACACUACAGCAGCCGAGUCAUCAGCACUGCAGUGCAGUGCCUGGGGUGUGACCUCGCGGAUUCCACACACAGUAACACACUGCUUCAGCAUCGGCCACUGCUCCUCUGUGCUGCGGACACAAAUGACUCAAGAUUUUUUUAUUUUGUUCCUUUUUUAAAUAUUUUUUUUUAUUUGUGGGGAAACCACGCUGGGGAUCUUGUGGUCACCACCUUUUUUUUUCCAGUACUUAUCGUUCUUAUUUUCACGGUCAUUGCACCUGUGACCUUUUUUGGUUUAUUAUGAAAGUGGCUGUUGUGCAAUCCCUCCCCCCCCGUUGUGUUGUUUCCACUCUGUGUUUUCUCUCUUCUCUUUGUUUAUCAUGUUGAAUGUACAUAUAAACAGUUUGUUUUUAUAAUCA